UAAGCCGAAAUAAAAUAAAAUAAAAAAAUAUUUCAAACUUUAUUCAUAUACAUUGGUCAGCCUCCUCAGUUAUACGUCUGCUUUGGAAAAAAAUCCACUGAAGUUUUUGAGUUAAUGAUUCAAAGCUUUGAAGAAUAUGUAAAAACCUUACAGCUAUACACUGGAUUUGGUGUGCUACUGUUCAAGUUCCAGCACUUUAAGGAACGUUCAGGAGUGACUAAUACACUAAUUUGUUUCCAGAGGUCACAAGGGCUGUCAUAAUUGACAGCUUUCUUUUCAAUCUCCUUACAGUUCAGAGUAUGAAAAAGUGGGAAAACUAUGCGACUUCCCAAGCAGGGAGGACGAAGAAUGGUAUUGGAAAGUGACUUUUCUGCUGCGCUCCGGAGUUUUCACACGUUCAAACUACAGACAACUGAAUAAACGCAAUAAAGACAUCUAAUUCUCCUAUAAAACGGUUAUACGUACCCUGACUAACUGGAAAACAAUAGAUCAUAACUUGAAUUAAAGAGGUGCUGUUCUUCAAAUAACGGGCUUGGGUUUCUUGAAAAGCUAUAGCGUACAAACUCCACCCUAGUCCACAUCUGCUUUUUAAAGCCUCCCCCUGGACUGCUCUUCCUUCAGCCUUGGCGCCUUCCCCGACAUACCCUCCGUAGUCUUCUCUAGUCCCCACCCUGGACGUCAGCCUCUGCACCUAGAGGCCAGUUUAGAGGGAAGACGGGCAAGAGGGGAGGGAGACAGGAGAGACAGAGCUAAAUGGUCAAUUCCUCCUUAACUCCGGGCCCCCUCGCGGGCCUCACCCCUCCUCGCGGGGGCUGAGAUUGGAGAGGAAGUGGGAAGGCUCCAAUCUGUUCCCCACUCCAGCGCCCUCAUGCCCCCACCCUUCUCCUCAGCUCGUGGCUUCGGCGCGCCUCGUCCCCGCCCCUCGCCCCGGGAGAGGAGCGGGCGGCGCGGGAGGGCUCGCGGAGAAAGGCCGGGAGCAGACGGCCUCCGCCCUACAGCCGCAUCCUCUGCAGCAGCGGCCCAUAGCCGCCCGCCUGCGGGCGAGCCAGGCCCGAGGGCAGCCCCAGAGACAGCGGUGGCCGGAUGCGCGGGCGCGUCACUUCCGGGCGGUGCAGCGGCGGCCGCUUGGAAGAUGGCUGCGCCCUGUGGCUCGGAGCUGCCCGCCAACUCGCCGCUAAAAAUCCCGAAGAUGGAGGUGCUCUCGCCGGCUUCUCCUGGUGGCCUGAGCGACGGAAAUCCAUCGCUGUCCGACCCUUCCACGCCUCGGGGUGCCUCCCCGCUCGGGCCAGGCAGUGCGGCGGGCUCGGGGGCAGCGGCGUCCGGGGGUCUCGGGCUGGGGCUGGGGGGCCGCAGCGCCGCCUCGUCCUCGGUCUCCUUCUCCCCUGGUGGCGGCGGUGGCGGGGCUGCGGCAGCCGCUGCCGCCGCCUGCCGGGGCAUGUCGUGGACGCCAGCCGAAACGAACGCGCUCAUCGCAGUGUGGGGCAACGAGCGGCUGGUGGAGGCGCGGUACCAGCAGCUGGAGGGAGCCGGCACGGUAUUCGGCAGCAAGGCCCCCGGGCCAGCCAUGUACGAUCGCGUGUCCCGGGCCCUGUCCGAGCUGGGCUACGAGCGGACCCCGUCUCAGUGCCGGGAGCGCAUCAAGCUGGUUCGAUGCCCAGAACUGAAUGCUGUGCUCCAGCUGUGGCCUCACCGGUGCUGAAUAGAGAGGAAGAGCCACCUUCAUAGCUUACAUGUGAUUCCUCUGCUUAUACAACCCAAUACUGGAUUUACUUACUUUGGCAAGAUAGCUGCAUUGUGCACUGUAUUUAAUGUUACGUGUACUGUAACUCUGGGUCUUUCUCUGCAUUACUGCCGUUAAACCCCCAAUCCUGCCAAUCUAAAGCCCCUGCCUUUGUUUACCUGACCCCCUCCCCCAUAGACUCCCUAUACAUUCAUCCACAAUGAAUGUCAUCUUUUUAUUCUCUCAUUUCCUUUUACUCUAAUCUUAAACUUGGCAAAACUUUCACUCUGUCCUAUAAAUUGUCAGUUGUCAGCCAUCUUAUUUUUUUCCUGCUUUGGUAAUGGGACAUCUUUCAAGUCUUUUCUCUGGUUCUUUUCCUUUGGUAGUCAUUAAGCACCUGGUGUGGUGUAUUUAGUAAGCAUUUACCUGGCAUUUCUUCCAAGUUAAGUACUCAUGAACUCCUGGUUUGACCACUUGAUCCAGGUAUUACCUGUGCUUUAGUUCUCCUGUCCAGAUUUUCUUGACUCCUCCUGACCUCUGUCCCUAUGCUUCGUUCAAGAUAUAGUAUUAUCUCACAGCUCUUCCUCCAGGGAGGAGACAGAAACUUAAUGUCAAUUUACCAGGGAAAUUUCUGAUAGUAAGCCAAAUUAUUAUUUUUAAUUGUGAAUAAUUUUUAAUAAUUUUAAGCAAAUUUCCCUAAGAUCUUAAUUUUUAGAAAAUUAUUAGAGCUUAAAUUACUAUAAAUUUCCAAGACCAGUAAGGUAAAGGAAGAAGGAAGAGAAGCAAGGUUUUUGUGUUGAAUAGGACGUGGCUCUCCAAGAAAGCCAAAUUAAGGUUCUUGUUGGAUUUGGUAGCUGUCUGAAAUGGGAGGUGAGACUUUGUUUUUCCUAGAUUCAGGGGCAUUAUUGUACUCUCAGAUUCAGAGUGUGUUUUUAAGUUGGUUUAUUCAGGAUCGUUGACACAUAUAGUCUUUUAGUUAUAUGCUUUGGUUAAUCAUUGAGAGUGUGGAAAACAUAACCUUUUUUGAUUUAUUAUGGGUGAUAAUAAUUGGAAGGUCUCCAUAGGUCCUUUUUAUCCAUCUCUAAAUUCUGUCAAGUUUUACUAAAUCCCAGUGUUUGUUAUAGUAGAACCAGUCAAGCUGAUGUUUGAGUUCUUGCUUUUUUUUUUCUUAGUUGAUGUGGGCUAUUUAAACAGCCUGUCCUUGAAUCUGUGGUCUUUACUGAACCCAGAAUUUACCUCUUAUGUGUAUUUAUAUCUUGAGAGAGUUAAAAUCAACUUGGAAAUCUUUUUAAUAUUAUUUUAAUACAUCAAAUUCCUAUCAUGGAUUUAUAAGUUACCAAACAUCUUUUCUUCUGAUAGAUAUUUUACAUAUCAAGAUAUUGCACCAUAAAAUGUAUUACAAAAGUACACUACAAAGUAAGAGAUGGCAAGAUCUGUUAGUCUCUUUUGAUGAAAUAUACAACACUUGUCUAUUCUCCCAUAUCUAUAACCAUUAGAUAUUACUAGUUUCCUUAUUCACAAUUAUACAAGCCAACUGAAAUUUUAAGCUCAAUUUUGUGGUUUCAAAGUGAGUAAAAGUCUGUGGUUUCCCACCAUGUAUAUUAUCAAACAUUGGUGGCUUUGCUUAUGCCUGUGUGUCAAUUCCUGAUAAAUGUGGCACCUUUCUUCAAAGGAACGUUAGUUUUAUUCCUCGAUUUCUGAAAUAACUCUCAGUGAAAGAGCCGAUAGGCUCUUUUAUGUGCUGAAGGCUUUUCUCUAGGCAGCCAGUAAAGGGUGAACAUUGGCAUGGUUUCCUUCUCCAUUUAUGGCCUUGGAAGGGUGAAAUGGACAUGGUUGGGACUCUCCAUUUACGGACCUUGGAGGAGUUGAAAACAGUGGUUGGGGUGUUGUUGGAGGCAGAAACUAGACAUUAUAAGAUAAAAAUAAAUUGUCAGGGGAUGUUUGCAAUUCAAAUUCCAAUCCCUGCAAGGAAGGCAGAGGGCACUGGGAAAGGGGAACAUGUAGAAAGUCAAAUGAGAUCUGCUGCAGGCAUUUGUCUCCUUCCAUUGGAAGGUUUGCCCGUGACACACGUUUCCCAAGUUCAUAUUUCUGGUUUGUUCUAGAAAGUUUUUUUUAUGUAGUUGUGGCUAUCCUUUACAAAGAGAAAGAAGAGAAACACUUUUAAAAAGAUUGUAUUAUUAGAAACCUCAGUUCUCUAAGGCAUCAUUUGAGCCCCCAGAAGAGAUCUCAAGAAAAGGAGAAUGAAGCAGGUGCUUUUGCAGAGGGUAGGCUGGCUGGCUUUAGGGUGGGAGACACUAAUAAUUGCUCUGUUUAUGUGUGAGGAAGAUCAUGUGUCAUGUUUUUAUUACUCUUUUUACCCAUCUGGAUUUCCGGCCUCAAGGGACAGAUUUACAAAAUAUUUGACAGAGUGUCUUAUAGAUUGUCAGCUGUGAUUUAAAGAUACUGAACUUCCAUGGAGGCUCUAUAAAGAUUAUGAAGAGGUGUUUUAGUUUGGUGAGAAUAGUUAAUAUUAUUGGCUUAUGGAAAGUAAUCUCAUAUUUAGGAGAAAUUUAGAGUCUGGCAAAUGCCUAUGAAUUAAGUUGGAGGUGAACUGGUUUUGCAUUGUUGAGUUAGAAAGUAUUGGGGAGGCAACAGGGAACAGGGUCUUGUCUCUCAAGAAGAUUCUGAGAGUGAAACCCAGUAAAGUAGAAAGGAGAGUAGAAGGAACAAAGGGAGGCAGAGAUGAUAUAGAGACUGAAUGCAGCUAAACUCAGUUUGGAAGCUGGGACUAAGUCCUUGGUCAGACAUACCACUAAACUCAGGAAACUGGGCUAACCAUCAGAAAUAAUGUGUUAGAAAUAAAAACCCUGAAAAAAACGGAAGAGUUGUACAAGGUAAAUUAACUAGGUUUUAUCUGUGGACUUGCAUGUUAUUUAUUUGCUGUGUGUUUUGUGGCAGAAAAAUAAGUGAAAUAAUACCCCUCCACCUUGCCCUUCCCCCAGAAAAGGAAUGAUGGGCCUGCCUUGUUGGUUUGUUUAGCUGGCGAUUUGAAUUGGUAGAAUAGAUUAGUAAAUUGUCAAGUUUUAGACAUAGGUAUUAGUGUACUAUUUCUUGAUAAUUGAUGUGUGAGACUGGGAAUUUGUAGCGUUACUGAUUUGACCUCUUUUAAAUUUUAGCAGCUUCUACAAAGAUUAAGUUAAGUUAGUAAGGAAUACAGACUAUGUAAGUAUGUUUUACUAGGUAAUUUGUUCAGGCAAUUGUUUUUACCCUGUAUUUCUUCUUAAUCAAGAGUAAGGAAGGUAUUCUUUGCUUUGGGAAAUUCUUCUUUCUGUCCUCCCUUCCCUCACUUUUUCCAAAUUCUGGGCACAAUAGCAGCUCUCUCUUUUCUGUGGCAGGUGUGCAUCCUAUUGGCUGGCUGGUAUUUCUUGUUUUUUUCCCCCCCUUAUUCUUUUUAAAUGGGGUGGGGGCAUAAAAGUAUGUGUAUGGGGUACAUGCAAUAAUGUUGUAAUGUUUCUUGUUGUUUAAUGGAUAAUUAAUUGCAAAAUAAUUGUUUGAAUUAUAACAUGUUUGAGUAAAUGCUAAAUUAGUAUUUUUUUUCUAAUAUAAUAAUGAAUUUGAAAUCUAGCAUUCCUGUAACAAUGUGUCUAUGUUUGUCUGUCUGUGUCUGUCUAAUAGUAAUUAAUAUCUGUGGUCCGUACCUGGAAGAGGAAGUACAGCUUUAAAGGAAUAACAAAAGACUUUGUGUCUUAGACCCUUCGCAGGUGUUACAGUCGGGUGAAAGAACAUGGUGUUGGGAAAAGAAAGAGCAGUUACACAUUUGAACAGUUGGAACAGGUGUUUGGUCAGGGAGGAUGGGAUGCUCAGCCCUGCCAGCCUGUACUUAUUAACAGUAGUGGCUUGUACCAGGAGCUGGAGUC